AAAUUGGAUGCCAACCGCCGUUAAACCUCAUUGAAGAAGAAGAGAUCCUCCUCAUGAGAAGCAUAAACUGUAUGCAACCUAUAUAUAUGUCCUAGGUUUCAGUGUCAUCACCAUCAAGUCCUCUUUAGACGGAGAAGCUCGUUCCAAUUUUUUACAAGAAACAUUUGAUCCACAUGUGGAAACACGUUUAGAAAAUGAGAAAUUUUGCCCUACUGUUUUGUUUUGCUUUCUCAACUUUGUCUUUGUGCACAACGCUGAAGAGGAACGACGAGCCUAUUAUUGGUGUUUUGGCGCAGGAGGUACACUCGCCUCGACCACAGAAGGCGUCUUAUAUAGCCGCAUCCUAUGUCAAGUUCCUAGAGUCUGCUGGAGCAAGAGUCGUCCCUGUGAUGAUAAAUAAGACACUGGAAGAGUACAAAACACUGUUCAACUCCAUUAACGGAAUACUCUACCCUGGUGGUGGUGUUAGCAUCCUCACAUCUGGGUAUGCAAACGCUGCUAGAAUAUUUUACGAGCUUGCCAUAGAGGCCAACUCAAGGGGUGACUAUUUCCCUGUAUGGGGCACGUGUCUUGGAUUUGAGGAAUUGACGUACCUGACCAGUGGAAAGAUGCUUCUGUCCCACACCAACACCAGUGGAGUGGCAUUGCCACUGGUUUUUACUAAUGGAUCAAGAGAGAGUAGGCUGUUCAAGGGCUUCCCAGCAGAGAUCCUGGAUGCCCUGGCCUCUGAGCCAAUCACUGCAAACUCCCAUGGAUGGAGUCUCACUCUGGCGACAUAUAACAGCAAUGCAGACCUUAGGAAGUUCUACAAAGUCCUGACCACAAGCAGUGAUGGGAAAACGGAGUUUGUGUCAACUAUGGAAGCAUAUGGUUUCCCCAUCUAUGGAACCCAGUGGCACCCUGAAAAGAAUGCAUUUGAAAUGACAGAGCCGUACAUUCCACACACUCCAUUGGCUGUGAAGACCACUUUCUUCAUGGCCGAUUUCUUUGUCAAUGAAGCUAGAAAAAACUUUCACAAAUUUCAGGAUGAAGAGGUGGAGAAGAGGGCAGUGAUAUAUAACUACAAUCCUGUGUACACUGGAAUCAAGUCUGCCUUUGAACAAGUAUAUUACUUUUGAUAUAGAGGGGUCGUUCCACAAAAUCAGUGCCUUUUGAUAUUUUAAGUAGAAAUUGUGCACAAAUAUUGAAUUUUAAAAGCUUGUUAUAUUAAUUGGAAGUGCCCUUAAAUUUUUUUUAUAUGAAUAAAGACUUGCUAAAGUGCCAAA